GAAAAGGCAAAGAGCAGCAAAUGAAAAUUAGCGUGUAUAAUAAAUGUGUGUGUGAAAAGUGACUGGGCGUAAGGGUUUUUAUAGUAAAGGUAAAACAAAACACGGACCAAAAUAAUUGUUGUAAAACUGUUGUUGUUUUUUGAGGAGGCAAAAUUUAAUUGCCGCCCACCCCAGCGCCUAUUGAAAUGGCUAAGACUGCUGCUGGCCAGUAUGUUCGUAAAAAGCACUUAAACUGCCGCCUGAUAUGGACCCAAUAACAACAAUAACAUUGAUACGAAACAUUGAAACAUUGCUGAGUCGAAUUGUAAAUAGUUAAACAAAUAUAUAUAUAUGAAUAUGAAAACGAUAACGCCGGAUACAUUGACAUCCGCAUCAGCCGCGYCGCAACAUCAUCAGCAGCAGCAGCCGCAGCCUCAACAUCAGCAGCAGCUGCAGCUGCAACAACAACAUAAGCAACAUUUGCCCGCCAUCAUUCCGCAACAACACAUAACACCUGUGAUUAUGGAAGCAACAGCGCAUGUGAAUCUCGUGGAUGAUGACGACGAAAAGGAUCCACUGGCAUUGGAGCAGACAACAGGUAUCGAAACGCCACAGCAGCAGCAACAGACGCUCAACUCAACAUUGGCGAACAAGCACACACAUAGUCUGAGGCGCCACCUGCCACGCAUCAUUGUGAAACCUAUACCACCUGAGAAGAAGCCAACGCCACCCAGUGAGGAUGCAUUGCUUAAUGCUGGACUCCAGCCAGCGCCAGCGUUGUUUGUACCACCAAGCAUAGCCUCGACAACAGCAGCAGCAACAGCAACAGCGUCCACAGCGGCUGCUGGCACUGUUGCAGCACCUGCGCCCGUGCGUGGCAUAAGCAGUCGUCGCAUACAACAACAGCAACAGGCCAAAGCAGCUGCAGCAGCAGCAGCGGCGGCGGCGGCAGCAGCAACAGCAGCGGCGGCAGCUGCAGCAGCUAAUGCAAAUGCGACUGCAUCACCGGGCAGCGGUAAAGCCGCCACACAAACAUCUACAAUGCGUGAGGUGUUGGCUUCGAUACCGGGCUUUAGUGUGAAGCCGCGUCGUCGCAGUAACAAAAAACUCACGACAGCCGCGCAAAUCGAACAGACAAAGGAUGGCAAAAUCGAUUUGGAAACACCAGAUUCCAUAUUGGCAUCGACGAAUCUGCGCGCGCUGCUUAAUAAGCAAACGUUCUCAUUGCUGCCGCCGCUGUAUCAACAUAAUCUCAUACAGUUGCUGCCGAGCGUGGAUCGUGAGGCCAGUGAGAUUGUGCAACAGCAACAACAGCAGCAUCAGCAACAAUCAUCGCAGUCAGAGCAACCAAGCACCAGCGGCAACACUACAGAAGCAAUUCGAUUGAGCGCCUCCUGCCUGAAUAAUGAGUUCUUUGCGCGCGCCUGUUUGGAGUGGCGAGAACGGCUCAGUGAAGGCGAAUUCACACCCGAAAAUCAAAUGAAGCUGAAAACGGAAGCGGAACGCGAAAAGAAUAAGUUAGAUCCAUGGAAGGUCAAGCAUUUCGAGCCCUAUUGGGGUGAGAAGAUUGCGAAACGUGCGCCGAAUCUAAACCCGCCUAGUAGCAAAAUAAAGGUAGAGCCGAUUAGACAACAGCAACAACAGCAGCAACAGCAACAGCAACAACAACAACCACCAGCUGCGGCACCAGCACCGGCACCACCACCACCACCACCAAUAACAACAUCAACAACACAGCAGCAGCAACUACAACAAGCAACAUGUGAUAAUGAGACUGAACUGAAAUUUAAUACGAGCACAAAGUGCGAAUCGACAACCACAACUACCGAAGCAACAACAACCGCAACAACUGACGGUGUCGCACCAUCAGCAACAGAAGCAACAGCAGCAGCAGCAACAAGAACAACAGCUGCUGCAACAGAAACAGCAAUCAGUAGCAGCAAUGCUUUAACGGAGCAACAGCGACGCCUGUUAAAGCGAUCGUCGAGCAGCCCCUCGCGACGCAAACGCAGCAGUUCGAUCAAUAUGGCUGACGAGCAGGAAGAGCUGCCCAGCACGUCUAAAGAAAGCAAGCAAAUGAAACGUGAACUAGCUGAUAUUGUUCCUAAUAAUGCCAUGGCGAAUGUGACAGAUGUUGUUGAUCAUGCAGUAGUAGCGGCGACAACAACAACAACACCUGCAAYAACUAACAAUAGCCAGCAGCCACUUAUCAACAGUACCUGUGAUAAAAUUGAGACACCUGAUGCACAGACAACAAUAGUAGCAAUAUCAACAACGACAGUGACAGCGACGCCAGCAACCUCAACAAUCACAAAUGCAAUACCAACAGCUGCAGCAGCAGCAGCAACAGCAGCAGUAGUAGCAACAUCAACUAUAGCAGACCCAAUCAACAAUUUUGCAGGCUAUUUGCAAAAUGUAGAGAUGGCAGAAGAUACCAAAGCAACAGAUAAUAUUGCGACCGAAGCAACCGCAACUGCCCCAACAACGACAAACAGCCAUGAUUUUGUAUUUGCCGAUACGAUUGAUCAUGCCUACUUCCAUGAUCACCAAGCAGCCAUCAGCCACGCCUACUACUCAUCAUCAUCAUCGCCCAACUCGACAGCAACAAUCAUCAAGCUGAACGAUCAUUGUGAUAAGCAGCUGGAGGACUCGGGAAUGACUCUAGCUAUGUCCAUGCCCUUGGCUAGCAGCUCGACAGGCACAUCACUGGCCAAUACAACGCCUACUAGUUCGCUAGCAUCCAGUAGUUGCACAUCCUCUUCGUUAUCAUCAUCGCUCUCCUCGUCCUGCUCCAGCAGCAAUUCUUCCUCAACGGCUCCGACCACGACGACAGCGGCGGGAGUAGGUGCUGCAGCUGCGCCUCUAUCACUGGGCACACCGGCGGAAACAACGUUGGCCAACAUGCAGGCCAUGCUCAGCACGGUGGCCACGCUGCAGCAACAACAGCAGCAGCAGGAGCAACAACAGCAUCAACAGGUGGAAUUGCCAGUGGAGUUAAACUCAAGCGAGAUGUUUCAAAAUGUGCAGCACGAUUGGAAUUUUGGUGGCAUCAAAUUGCUGGCAGCAGCACCGACGCAAGGAUCGGAUAAUUCUGUGGAGCGGCUGCACCAUCAUCAGGUCGAGCAGCAUCUGAAUCAUGAGGAUAUCCAGCUGAUGGAUGUGGUGCAUGAGCCCGAGGAGGAGGAGGAAGAGGUGAUCGACGAUAUGGUCGAGUGUCACAAUCUGCUGGACAAUGAUGAAGAUGAAGAGGAAGGAGAAGAAAUUGUAGACGAGGAUGAUGAGGAUGUGGUGGAGUGCAUCGAAGCGGAGCAACCGGAUCAGGAUGAUUUAAUGAACGAAAUGGUGGAACACGUUAUGGAUGUCAGCGGUGGCGAUGCUGUGCAAGAUAUUGUGGACAAGCUGCAGCAACAGCAACAACAACAGCAGCAACAACAGCAGCUGCAGGCGCAGUUGCAGGAUGUUGUGCAAUUGACGCAGCAUUCCUUUAUGCCGCAGGCCCACAGCAGCGACUUUGCAAAUGAGAUUUCCCACGAACUGCUUUGUGAUGCGGUGCCCAUGUCUGCUGCCGAAAUGGAAGUAUCCAGCACAGUCAUCACGAACAGCAGCAACAGCAAUGACAGCAGCAACAAUUUGAGCCUGUGCAGCAGCAGUAGCAGCAGCAUUGCCAUCAAUCAGUUGGCCCCACAGCCAGCUGCAGCUGCGACUGCUGCUCCGGCGCCGCAACAACAGCAGCGUCAAAUUUUGGUAGAUUCGAAUGGGCAAAUCAUAGGAAACUUUUUGCUGCAGCAGCAACAACAACAGCAGCAGCAGCAGCAACAACAGCAGCAGCAGCAACAGCAAGCUGUGGUGCCACCGAAGUUCAUAGCCAAGCCACUGAACAUCAUAUCCAUGACACGACCCGCCAAUGCGUCGCCCAAUGCAGCAGCCACAGCAUCAGUGCCCACAUCAGCCACAAAUAAUUCCCAAAUUCCGUCCAGCUAUGCAAAUGUUGUAACAUCGCAGCAGCAGGUYAAUCACAACAGCAACCUGCAGCAGCAGCAACAGCAGCAACAAACACUGCAACUGCAACCCGUUGCAACAGUUAACAAUGUGCUGACCAUGAAAACGUUGCCUCCUUCGGGAGUGCCCACAACCAUUGCCCAGCAGCGACUGCAGCCAAAGAUGCCCACGGGGAAGGGGCGUAAGGCGACAACUAAUCGUUUGCCACCGGGAGCUGUCAACCUGGAGCGAAGCUAUCAAAUCUGCCAGGCUGUCAUACAAAACAGUCCGAAUCGUGAGAACCUCAAGGCACAGCUGCGCCCGCCAGCGGCCAUACUCAGCCAGCAGCAGCAACAGACGACGACAACGCCAACAACUGCAGUGAGCAGCAGCAAUGCAACACUUAAUGUGUCCACCGUGGCAGCCACGCCCUUAAACAAUGUGCCGGCAGUAGCGACCGUCGCUGUGUCAGCACCAGCACAAAAUCUGCUCAAGCAGGACGAGCUGCCAGCCCUGCCGCCCAAUGUGCUGGGCGUGGGCAGACCGGGCGUCUAUAAGGUCAUAGGUCCGCGCAUGAGUGGCUUUCCCCGGAAGAAGUACGUGCAGCGCAAGCCCUCGCCCACAACUGUGAUGCGGCACUUGCUGUCUGCAACGCCUGGUGCGUCCAGUCCACAGCAGCAGCAGCAACAGUUGGUCACGCAACAGUCCGGYCAAGAGCAGCAGCAGCUGUUGCAUCAGAAUGGCACGGGGCAAUAUGUGCUGGUACAUCGCGCCAAUGUGGGCGCAGCCGACAAUCAAGCACCGCGGGCUUCCAGUGCACCGCCUUUACAUCAAAAUCAGUUUGUUGCCGUUCAGAAUUCGCUGCACAGCCUUAAUGGCAUUAGCUUGGGCGGACGCGGGCGUCCGGCUUCAGUGGACAACAACAAUAGUGCCGGCAACGAUGCAAUGCAUCAUAACGAGUUGCAACAACAGCAGCAGCAGCAGCAGCAACAGCAACUCAGCAAUGUAAACGCGGCUGCGAAUAUUGUGCGGCGCAAUAUUGCUGCAGGUACCAACAUUACCUACAUAGACAACAGCAAUUCGUCGGCAACUCUCAUGGAAGCGAGCAAUAACUACAUCGUGACGACUACAGCAGCAACAACAACGGCUGCCGGAGCUGCAGGAACGACGCAGCAAACAACACAGCAACAGCAGCCACAACAACAGCAUGCUCUAAUCCAACUACAUCAAAGCGGCGAGAACACUCCGCCAGGUAACGACGCGACCAACAAUGGUUGUGCCUGUGCUUUAAACGCGAUGGUCAUUUGCCAGCAAUGCGGCGCAUUCUGUCACGAUGAUUGCAUCAGCGCCUCGAAGUUGUGCGUGUCCUGUGUGAUCAGAUGAGAGCUAAGCCUCCAGAUGCAACUUGACAACGUAUUAUAGUAAUAUAUAGAGUUAAACCCAUUUAGAUGCAAUGCUAAUGCUAUAUUCUGUAUAUACAUACAUAUAUAUAUAUAUAUACCUACAUAUUGAAUGGCAUGUCGAAAAAUCAGUUCGAGAAAGCAUGAGUAUACAUUGUUAAAUACCAAUCACUCCUUUUUUACCCAGACAAUUUGUAAGCUAGACUAUGGAAGCGAAAACCCAAUUAUAAAUACCAAGUGCAGAGGCUUAGAUACACCGAGAGAAAGAAGAAACGAAAGCUAAUGCUGAUAAACGCUUAGACGAAAAGCAAAUACCUUUU